AUGUCGUGACACCGAUUAAUGCGACUCUAAGCGCCUGUCUCAGUCGCAAGUACACAUAUUAGAUACAAAAUUGCUUUAAGAUACAGUAGCAUGAGCAGCGGCCACAGCAUGAGCACGCGCCAUGGCCGUAGGUCUUUUGGCCUUUGUGGUGGAUUAAUUGUGAUCUUUUGCCUAAAUGAGAUUGCCUUGGGUGCGAUGGUCUCAGCCGUCGCCUACUACACGGAGAAGCCAUCCUGGCUGCCCUCGUGCCGAAUUUAUGAGCCCGGCUUCACCAAGUGCUCCACGAACAGCAUACAGAAGCUGCUGGAUCAAAUGAACAUCGGCAUUCCAGAGAUAGUCGAGAGCUUUGGUCCCUUCGAUCCUAUGCAUGUGAGAGACAUAGUCUUCAAGCAGGACAACAAUGAGGUGGCCACCAUAAGGGCCAAUCUCACAGAUCUUGUGGUGAAGGGUUUUGCACAAACCAAGGUCAAGGAAAGCCGUGUCAGCAAGAAGGACUUUAGCUGGCAGACCAAAAUCUAUCUGCCCAAAAUGCGACUGGACGGCAAGUACCGAAUGGCUGGACGGAUUCUACUCAUACCACUGAGUGGCUCUGGCAAUAUAUUCAUAGAGAUUCACGAUCUGGAAAUACUAUUGCUAACCACGACGGAGCUGUACGAGAAGGGCGGCUUCACAUUCGACAAUGUGACGUCGGUUCGUGUGCAAUUGAAGCUCUCUCGAGUGCACACCAAUCUGGACAACCUGUUCAACGGUCGCAGCCCCGAGGUGGAGCGCAGCACCAAUCAGUUUUUCAACGACAACUGGCGAGACUUUUACGAGGCCCUCAAGCCGUUGAUUGCCGGAACCGUCGAGAACAUACUCUACGAUGUGAUGUCCAAGGUGUUCCAUCUAAUACCAGCUAAUUUCUUUGUGGAAGAUAUACCCACUCCGCAGGAUUUUUAUGGCUCCAAGCAGGUGGCUGCUAGUGAUAAUGAAUCCAAAUCCAGUGAAAAGUGAGAACUGGGAGAACCGUUUAGUGCAUUUGAGAGUCUAUUCCAGUUUUGAGCUGAGGGUUUGUCGGUGAGACAGUGGCAAUAAAUGUUU